AUGCAUACAAAUAUCAACAUAGAUUCAGAUAUUAAAAAUUACUUUACUGAACCCAGUUUUCUUUUUUUUGAUCACGAUAUACAAUUACAUAACUUACUAGACCCUUCACAUUUCUUGGAUUUUGAAAACAAUAUAAAUAACAGUAAUACAGAUGAUUUUUACCAAAAUUUAAAAAAAGAACAUUCUUGGCAAAAUUUAAUUUUUUCAACCAAUCCUAUUAGAGUAGAUAAUACAACUUUGUUAAAAAACCCAGAAAUCUGCAAAGAAUUAGCUAAGGAUAUUAGCUAUUAUAAUCAAACUCUAAUUAAACUUAUUAAUAUUAGAAAAAAAGAAGGGGAGGAUGGUUAUGAUAAAGAUAAAUGGGAUCAAGCUUUAGAAAAACUUAAAAAAUUCCUUUAUUCUCAAAUUAGAGACAUUAUCGAAAAUGUACCCCACUCUCAUAUUCCAGAAGAAGCCAAAGAUUAUAUAGACCAUUGUAUUUCCCAAGAUUUGCAAAUAGAUAAAAACUAUUUAAAAAAAUUUGACAUUCCUCAAAAUAUAUUAAAUAAUUAUAUUUUUAAUAGAACUAAAAAAUCAAAUAAAAAAUAG